AUGUUGUGGACAUCCUUCUCUGUGGUCCUCCUCUUGUCCUCUGCUGUGUGGGGAUAUGAGGCUCCUGAGGAUAAGCAGGAUGUGUUCGCUAGCAGAGCCUGUCCUGCCUUUCUGACCUUUACCAAUGCUGCCUACCUGAAAGGAUCCACUGUGGAGCUGCCCUGCCAUUGCAAGCCACCAGAGGUCCAAUCAGUUGUGUGGUUCUUUCGGAAACACUGGGCUGGGUCUGAGGAGACCCGAGCCUUAACAGAUCACCAUGGCAACAGGCUACUAGACACCAGCCAGGUCCCUCACAGCAGUGACCUGCAGAGUCGAUUCUCCAUCCGACUCUUUAGCCUGUUAAUCUUCAGGGCGGGGCUACAAGACUCCGGCCUCUAUAUCUGUGGCUCCACCCACAAGGACUUCUUCUAUGGUUAUGACUUGGACAUCCAGGAAGUUCAUUCUUUUACUUUCACUCAGAGGCUCACUCUGAAACGUCGGAGAAAGAAGAUGCUGGAUCAGAAAGUACGUGGCUCUCCUCACUCAUUGUACCGGGUCUUCACCAGCUUCCAGCCCUGGUCGGUGUGUGAUCGCUGUGGCGUUCCAGGCGAGCAGCUCCGUGUGGGACUCUGCUACGUCUAUUCCCACUUCCUGCACGUGCGCUACAGAAAAGCCAAUCUCACGGUUGCUUCAUGUGGUUCAGGAGGAGUCCCCAAGGCCUUCAGUCACCUGAGGGAAAGCAGAGUUGGGCCAAGGCUGGAAGUCAAAAGCUGCCAAGUUACUUGUCCAACUGAAGCUCCUCCCUCCUCUAAACUGUCUUCUUUGAUGGCAUUUCUUGGGUACAGUUCUGCCUCCUUGCCAGUGCCGGUGCCGGUAUAUUACCUGAACCACCAAGCAGGCCUCGUCCUCACCCUGGGGUGCCCUGGGGCACGUCCUAGCAUGGUUGUGGCCUGGGAUCAAGGUUCUAAACCAAUCCAUCGAUUUGGGAUUUCAGCUGGUAUGAACCUUAGCACCACGUCCCACCGGCUGCUCAUAGAUACUGGGCAUCACCUGGUGUUUCAACCAGCAAACACCCAAGACUCAGGUGUCUACUACUGCUGGCUUCAGGGUCGCCGUGCUGCUGAGAUACGUCUCGUGGUAUACCCAGCUUUGGGGCGAGGCCUGUCAGUGUUGUCACAUCCCGACUUCCCAGCUGCUCUCAGGACUGUACUGACAUCUUAUGCUGCCAUGACAGCUUUGUUUUGCCUGCUAAUGUUUUGCAGAGCUGGAGUCAGACAUCUCCGAAAUAAAACAGAAACGCACAUUGAUUAAACUUAAAUAUAAGAUGGGUUGUCUUUCUUCACCACCAAAAUAGUAACUCUUUAGGCGUCGGGGUUUUAAAAGUUUUAAAGGCAAACUGUAAAUGAGAAAAAAUGUUGAAUAUGAACCAGAGAUUAUGAUGACAGUAAAAUUAC